AUGAGAGAAAGAAAUCAACUCUCCGCUCUUGCAAGGCAAGUAGGGAAAGCCUUCUUCCCUUCUAUCUUUGCCGGCGAGCCCGUGGAUUUGCCUCCCCUCCGCCUGCCGCUCCGGUGGCCGGUGGCGGGGAGAACCUUCAAGCGCCGCAACGGCGGCCGCAACAAGCAAGGACGCGGCCACGUCAAGUUCGUCCGCUGCUCCAACUGCGCCAAGUGCGUCCCCAAGGACAAGGCGAUCAAGAGGUUCAAGGUGAGGAACAUCGUGGAGGCGGCAGGCAUGAGAGAUAUCAAGGACGCCUGCGUCUUUGAAGGUUACGUUCUGCCCAAGCUUUAUAUCCUGGAGCAUUAUUGCGUGUCCUGCGCCAUCCAUCAGCAUCAAGUCCGUGUCCGCUCCCGUGAGAACCGGAAGAACCGUGCGCCGCCGGAACGCUUCAGCCGCUUCAAGGAGGCAAGACCUGAGGGCCAAGCUCCUCGUCCUGGUGGUGUCGGCGGGGGUCCUGGUGUUGCUGGCGGUGGUGGUCUGGGUGUUGCUGGCGGUGGUCUCGGCACCGGUGCUCCAGCUCCCAACGUCGCUAGCACCUGA